AUGUUUCCACAAUACACGGAACGUCAAAUGGGAGGCGAGUUAGCCAUCUGGCUCCUAAUCACUGUCGGUGCUCUGCUUAUUCCUAUUAUUGUAGUUGCCAUUUGUUGUAUACGACGUCAUUGUUGGCAAAACAUUCCUACUCGUCGUCUACCAUCUUCUUCUGCUAUUAUUACUAACAAUGAUGAGCUACUGAUUAAUUCGAAUUCAUCACCACAUCAUAUGUGGAAUUUCUAUCUGGAGGCUCUACGUUCGUAUAAUGGCCCUUAUGUGGAAUCGAGUAACGAUGAUGUCGGUGUGUCAGCUGAGAAUAAUAUUGCUCUAACUUUUUCACGUGCAAAUUCACUUAAAAAGCAACAUGUUCAUUGGUUUGAUAGAUCAAUAACAUCAAAAAUAGAUGAUUUCUAUGCAAUAAAACAUCAACAAUGCACACCACAAAAACAAUCUAUUUCUGGAGAAGAUAUUUUCAAUCCUACAAUGCUUACUGAAUCCCCAUUAGCUCAUCGUAAUCAUGCUGUUAUACCGAUUUCUUCGUCAGCUCUUUCUCAUUUCAUUCCAACAAUGAUUAUUCCAGCUGGUUCUGCAGUUGGUAAUACUGGUACUAGUCAAUUAUUAACAUCAUCUAAAGAAUAUACGUCUAUUUCAGUUAAUCAUAAUAUCAUCAUGUAG